AUGAUUAUAAUAAAAUGUCUAGGAAAUUUUAGAAAUAUAAAUAAAGUGUCCCUUUCUUUUUAUUCUACACAAUAUAUUAAACCUUUUCCCUUUUUUUCUUAUUAUCAUAUUAACAAUAAAAAGAAAAAGGAGAAGCCAAUUUAUGCUACACUCAUAAGCAACAAAAUAUCACACUUUACUACUUAUAAUGAAAAUAUAAGAAUAAAAAAAAAAAAAAAAAAAGAAAAAAAUCAUAUAUAUGUAACCAAAAAAAAAUGUGAUAUUCAAAAUAAUGAUAUCAUAUAUCAUUCUGAUAAUUUUGACGAGGUAGACAAAUAUAACAUCAAUAAUGAAAUAAACGAAAAUAGAAUAAAAAGUGAUAUUAUUAAUUUAAUAAAUAAUAUAAAAAAUAUAAAUAAUAUACAAAAUGGACAUAUAAAUGUAAAUAUAAAUGUAAUAAAUGAAUUGAUGAAUAUUAUUCUUCAUGUAAAUUAUAAUAUAAAUUGUUUUUUUAAUUUAAAAAAAAAAUAUGUUAUAGGAUUUUUAUGGUCAAUGGUAAAAUGUAUAAAUAUAAUAGAACAUGAAAAAUUAUUUGAUCAAAAUAUAAUAACACAUUUAAAAUAUUUUUUUAUUUUUUUAUCUAAUAAAGUUAUUCAAAAGAAUCUUUUAGAAUCUUUAUAUCAUCCAGUUGAUAUAAAACAAUUUAUUUUUUCAUUUCUUAAUAUUAAAUUAAAUGAAAAUAAUAUAAAAGCAAUUGAUUCUAUAAAAAUACAUGACCUUGACAAUUUUAUAAAAUAUUUAAAAUGUUAUCCAUAUGAAGUUAAAUUAUCUCAUAAAAGUGAAACCAAAGAAAAAAUAGAAACAAACAUAUUUUAUCAAGAAAAUAAUGAAAAACAAAAAAUUAAAAAUAACAAAAAAGAAAAUAAUAAUAAUCAAAAUGAACAUGGCAAUCAUAUAUCCGACCAGAUACAAAAUAAAUAUUUACCUUUACUUCAAGAAUGCAUAGAUAUAAAUUUAGUUAUACACUCUAUAUAUUCAUAUAUAUGUGAUAAAAUAAAAAUAAUAAAUAUGGAAAUAAAGACUGUGAUUGAUUUUUUAGAGCUAGCUAAUAAAAAUUCUAAAAAUGGUGUGAGUUCGAAUAUAAGUAAUAUUUUGUUAUAUAAAAUACAACAUAAAAACAAUUACAAUAAUAAUUAUUAUAAUAAUAAUGAUAAUAUUUAUUAUCAUAAUAAUAAUGAUAAUAUUUGUCAUCAUAAUAAUAGUACCGUUAGUAUUUAUAAUUUUUCUGUUUUUCAGGUAUGUAGAUUUAUUAACAUCAUUAUAAAUUACAACAUCAAACAAACAAAUAAAUUUAUUUCUUCUAUUAUAAAUAUAUUGUCAUAUGAACAAUAUUACCCAACGAAAGAUAAAAUAAAUUAUUAUAAUUUUAAUCAAUACUUAUCUCAUAAUGUUUAUAAUGAAAAUGUAGAUAUACAAAAUGAUAAUAUUAUACAUGUAAGUGCACCUAAGCAUUUGUGUAACAAGUGGUUAUAUAAAGCAACUCCAAGAGACAUAGCUUCUCUCAUACGAGAUAUUUCUAGACUUAAUUUUAUGAAUUAUCAUUUUUAUAAUAUUUUAAUUGAGGCUUUUUUUAUUAAAACGGAUCCAAACAAAAAUGGAUACACAACUUAUGGCAAUAGAAAUAAUAACACGAGCAAAAAUAACGAAGCCAAAAUAAAAGACAACAUCAACAUUAACAUCAACAAUAAUAAUAAUAGUAAUAAUAAUAAUCAUUAUUAUUAUGGUAGUAAGACCAUUUGUCGUAAGAAUAAUAAUACAACCCAUUUCUCAUCACAAUCUAAUCAAAAUUUACAACUUGAAGAUAUAAGAAACUAUGUUGAUAUUUUAACAGCCCUAUCUAAUAUUAAUUAUACACAUAAUAAAUAUAUUAACUUUUUUAUUAAUAAAAUAAUUAAGGAUGAAAAAAACUCAGUUCUUUUCUUUAACAAGAAAAAUAUACAAAAUGUUGUUAUAACUUUAAGAAAUCUCCUUUUAUUAAUAUACAAAGAAAAUGAUAUUAUAAAUAAAAUGAUUCAUUUUAUAGUUACAAAUAAUAAUCACAUUAAUAUUAAACAACUAAUCAUGAUAUAUUAUUCUUUAUAUAAUUAUAUUAACAAAAUAUUUCAUAUGGAAAAUAUAAAAUAUGUUGGUAAUCCAAGUCAAAUCUUUUUCAAUAUAAGUGAUGAAAAGAAUAACAUAACACAUAAUAAUAUAACAUAUAAUAAUACAACAAAUAAUUAUAAUAAAUUACAUAUACAUCAUGAUGAUGUGAUGAGUAAUAAUAAAUAUAAUGCAAUGAAAGAAAAAGAACAUAACUUUUCCUAUAUUUCUAUAGAAUAUAUAAAACAAUAUAUACAUCAUUAUAUGUUUAAAAUAUUCCAUAUUAUCUUUAUAAAAAAAGAACAUAUAGAUUCUUUACAAGGUCUAGUUAAUUUUUAUUAUGCAACAUCAUAUAGUAUAAAUAAUUUAUCUUUACAAAUGUAUCAGUUUUUUUAUGAACAUUUUUCUUAUAUAUUAGAUACAAAAAAAAAAGGAAAAGAAAAUAUCAUACUAGAAACUAUUUUACAAAUAUUUUUAUUUCAUUAUAAAAAUAAUAUAGUACAUAAAAAGUUUUUAAUAUCUUUAUUAAAUUUUAUGAAUGCUAAUAUAUUAGUAGAUCUAGACAAUUUAUAUACAAUCACUUCAAUAGCACAUCACUUUAAUAUUAUAAAUGAAGAUUUUCUUAAUACAAAUAUCAAUUUUAUAAAUAAAGAAAUAAAUAAAAUAGAAAAUAUAAAAGGACCUACUCCAACAGAUGAUAACAUAUCGAUUAAUAUAAACAAAACAAAAAAAGAAAAAAAUUAUAUAUAUUAUAACAAUGAUGAGAAUAAAGAACAUAUAGAUAUAUCACAUAGUGAUAAACAAGAUGAUAUAUAUAAAUACAAUCAAUUAGAUAAUACAAAUAUUAAUAAUAUAAAGAAUGUAAAUGUUUAUAAAAAGAAUAUGAUAAAUGAUAAUAAUGAAAAAUAUUAUACAAACAAAGUAAUGAAAUGCAUAUUUUUUUUAAUCACAAAUAACACAUUCCUAAAUACUUCCAUAAGAAAUUUUAUAAAAAUAUUAGUCCUAUUAAAAAAAAUGUUUAAAAAAAAAACCCAUUUUAAUGAUGAAGAAUAUAAAAUAACACAACAAAUAUUUUUGUCUUUAAAUAUUUAUUGUAAGAGAAAAGAAAAUGUGAAAAAAUAUAUGAACCAUAAAAUAAAUAGUAGAAAUAAUCAUGAUAUCCAUUUUUAUAUUCGACAUCAUUUUUUUAUACCUUACACAAUAUUAAAAAAUAUUGUUAAACGAAAUAUUGUAUCACAUAAAAAGGUACAUAUAUCUAGCUUUCAAUAUAAAUUAUCUGAUUAUUUUAAUAAAAAAAAAAUUAUGUAUAGAUCAGAAUAUUAUUUAAAACAUGGAUUAAUAGUAGAUUUUUUAAUUCUAAAAAAUAAUAAACCAUUCUUAUUAUUAGAAAUUGAUGGAAUUUAUCAUUUUAAUAUAUCUACUGAUGUUGGUGACUAUGAUAUAAUACAUAAUAAUAUGUUACUUUUAAAAAAUGGAAAAACAUUAUUCCGUAAUAAUAUAUUAGAAUCUUUUGAUCAUCUCAAAUUUUUAUCAAUUCCUUGGUACUUCUUUCUACAAACACAAUGGAUCAAAAAAUUGGAUAUCUUGUUGAAUGAAAAUGGAUUGUUCUAA